AUGAUGUUCCUCAGAUUCUGGUGGCUUUUGUGGAUACUUGAGCAUCAUGAGUUUUUAGCAGAAAAUCUCAGGGAAGAGAAGAUAUAUGGAUUGAGAAGAUCAAAACCUAAACACAUUCUGUCAAAUAUUGUAGAAAAAUAUCCCAGCUCAAGUGAUCAAGAUGAAGAUUGCAUUCUGGAAAUUGCUUUUUUACUGGACAGCUCCGAAAGUGCUAAGGACUACAAUCAUGAACAACAGAAAAAAUUUGUACUGCAAACAGUAGACAGAAUGAAAAGUCUGCAGCUUAGUUCUGGACGUACUCUGCGCUGGAGGAUGGCCUUACUUCAGUACAGCAGCACUGUUUUCAUAGAGCAAACUUUCCAUGACUGGAAAGGUCCUGAAGCAUUCAAAUCCCACAUUGCUCCCAUCGCCCACAUAGGUCAUGGCACCUACACAACUUAUGCUAUAACUAAUCUUACCCAGCUCUACAUGUCUGAAGGGACUUUGGGUAGUGUAAAAGUAGCCGUGCUUUUCACUGAUGGAGUGGAUCAUCCAAGAAACCCAGAUAUUUUUGCAGCUACAGCCGAUGCUAAACACCAAGGAAUAGUAUUUUUCACAAUGGGAAUGACCAGAGUGGCUGAGGAGGUUAGCAAUGCUGCCAAGCUCCGGCUCCUGGCCAGUGUCCCAGCAUCCAGGUUUGUUUUCAACCUCCAGGAGAAAGAAACUGUGGAGAAGGUUCUCAAAGAAAUGAAAGACCUGUCUGAGGAAGAGUGUCCCCAGGUUGACACAUGUAACUGUGAGAAGGGGGAAAGAGGCCUUCCUGGUCCUGCUGGUAAAAAGGGACGCACUGGAGACGAGGGAGCUCCAGGCCUGAAAGGAGCAAAGGGGGACCCAGGUCUUAAUGGAAUCCCAGGACGAGAUGGAAUAGAGGGGAAAUCUGGAUAUAAAGGAGAGAAGGGUGAAAGAGGUGAAUGUGGAAUCCCAGGAAUAAAAGGAGACAGAGGUCCUGAAGGUCCAGUAGGCCCCAGAGGAGUAAGAGGGAUACAGGGUCUGCAAGGACAAUCUGGAGAUCAAGGGCCUGAAGGCCUGCAAGGAUCAAAGGGUGAAAGAGGUCUUCCAGGGCCACCUGGCUUGCCUGGAGAGACUGGAAUAGGACUGCCAGGCCCAAAGGGUGACACUGGUUUGACAGGAAGACCGGGCCCUGUUGGCCCACCUGGAGUUGGUGAGCCAGGAUUUAUGGGGCCUCAAGGACCACAAGGUGUUCAAGGAGAAAGAGGUCCACCAGGAGAAGGGCUUCCAGGAGCAAAGGGAGAUCGUGGCUUUGAUGGACCAAAAGGCCCUCGUGGACUUCCAGGCAUCAGCAUAAAAGGUGAAAAGGGUGACUGUGGUCCUCCUGGUUUACCAGGAUCAGUUGGAUUACCUGGAGUUGGAAUUCAAGGAGAAAAGGGAGUGGAGGGCCCAAAAGGACCACCUGGCUCUAGAGGGCUACCAGGACAGGGGAUACCUGGACCAAAGGGUGAACAAGGCUUGCCAGGAGAGACUGGAGUGCCAGGAGAAAGAGGAAUUGGAGAACCUGGUUCUAAGGGUGAUCCAGGGCCUUCAGGACUGGCAGGUCUGCCUGGUCUUCCAGGAGAAGAUGGAGCCCCUGGACAAAAGGGUGAACCAGGGUUGCCUGGUCUUAGAGGUCCUGAAGGUGCUCCAGGGAUUGGAAUACAGGGGGAAAAGGGAGAUCAAGGACAAAGAGGAAUACGUGGAUUAACAGGACCAACAGGAGUGCCUGGACCUGUUGGACCUAAAGGGGAGCCUGGUGCACCAGGACGUCUUGGAAUGCCAGGCCCUCCUGGAAGAUCUGUGCCUGGACCAAAGGGUGACAUUGGGUUGCCUGGUCUUGCUGGCCCCAUUGGAGAACCAGGUUUUGGGCUUCCUGGGGCAAAGGGUGACCAAGGCCUUCCAGGACCCCCUGGGCCCUUUGGGCAAAAGGGAGAUGGUUAUCCUGGCCCACCCGGGUUGCCAGGGCUCCCUGGGAUUCCCGGUGAACAAGGCCCAGAUGGAGUUGGACUACCAGGACCUAAGGGUGAUCCUGGUAGCAGAGGACCAGUUGGCCUCACCGGUCCCCCAGGAAAAGGCUUGCCAGGACCAAAAGGAACCAUAGGACGCCCAGGGCCACCUGGCUCUGUGGGACCUCCGGGUGAAAGUAUUCAAGGAACUAAGGGGGAACAAGGUAUUCAAGGAAUGCCAGGACCACGAGGCCCCCCUGGAGAUGGGCUUCUGGGAGAGAAGGGAGAUCGUGGAGCUACAGGUGACAAGGGGAAAAAAGGAGAAAAAGGUGAUGUGGGUGACCCUGGUUUAUCUGGAGAACCUGGCAAAACCGGACCAAAGGGAGACCAAGGUCUAACAAGAGAAGAUAUAAUCAAAUUAAUUAAAGAGAUAUGCGGUUGCAGUAUUAAAUGUAAGGAAAUUCCUAUGGAGCUUGUGUUUGUGAUUGACAGCUCUGAGAGUGUGGGACCAGAAAAUUUUGAGAUUAUCAAAGACUUUGUAACUGCUUUACUAGACAAAGUAACUGUAGGCAGAAAUGCUACCAGAAUUGGCCUUGUGUUAUACAGUUUAGAAGUUCGGCUAGAAUUUGGUCUCAACAAGCAUCCAACCCGCCAGGAUGUUAAGAGAGCAGUUAGAAAAAUGCAAUACAUGGGAGAAGGCACUUACACAGGAACUGCUAUCCGCAAAGCAACCCAGGAAGGAUUUUCUGGUGCUCGAGCAGGGGUGCGGAAGGUAGCUAUUGUGCUAACAGAUGGCCAAACAGACAAGAGAGAAGCUGUAAAACUAGAUCUUGUUGUUCGAGAGGCUCAUGCAGCAAACAUCGAAAUGUAUGCAAUAGGAAUCCUAAAUACUUCAGAUCCAACACAGGUUGAGUUUGUGCAUGAGCUAAAUCUGAUUGCUUCAGACCCAGACGGAGAACACGUGUAUCUCAUUGAUGACUUUAACGCUCUCUCAGCACUGGAGUCCAAAUUAGUCAAUCAGUUUUGUGAAGAUGAACAUGGCACCUUAGUAUACAACCAUAAUGAAAAUGGUGCAAGUAUAAGUGGGCGAUCCUUCCAUUCAGUAUCUCCAAGUUCUUUACAUUACAUACUUCAGAAGAACAAUGUUAAUAGACAAUCACUUUCAGCACAGACACUUAGAGUAUCUACAGUAGAAAGUCCUCUGAAUCUUGGCCAUCUUCCUCAACCAUUAGCUCCGACCAAUGUACCUCCUGUAGUCUAUGACACCUAUGAAGGGGAACAAGAUGAAGAACAGCCAACCCUGCUAACAGGAAACACUAGAGCUGUGUUACCAUUAUUGUCAUCUAAACAACCACCAGCCAAUAAAGUGAUGACAUCAUCACUUUCAACUGCAGGCCCCACAAAAAGGCCCGAAAGUAUUGUGGACCUCCGCUGCAAGCUAAGGCUGGAUCAAGGGCCAUGUCGUGUUUACACAAUCCGAUGGUAUUACGAUAAACAAGCCAAUGCCUGUGCUCAGUUUUGGUAUGGUGGCUGCCAUGGAAAUGCAAACCGCUUUGAGUCUGAACAGGAAUGUAGACAGGCUUGUGUAUUUUUUUCUGGAGGUAGGAAUUAGUCUCUACAUUAAAAAUGAUAAGGUUGGAGCUAUUGAUUGUUUGGCUUUUUAUCAAUUAUCCAUUUGGUAAAAUCAAAGCAAAUAAUUUACAGAAUGCUAACAUUAUGAACUCAUAUGCCCACUAACUAAAAAAAUGGCUACCUAUGCAAGCAUAGUUAAAGACUUUUAGCAUUUAUUAUAAGACAUAGAGAUUAUAACAAAAUAGCAAAUUUUCAACAGUAUCAAGAGUACAAAAUUUCCUUUUUUACUCAGUUAUAGUAAGACCAGUGUAGCAUUUGCCAUAGCAGUUGCCCUUCUUUCAGCUAGAUCUUUAAAUAUUACCAUUGUACAAUCACUAACUAGUCCUUAUUUUAAACUACAUAUAUUGCUUUGGAAACCAAUGUAUCAUCAUUAUGUAAGUUCUUUUCCCUUUGUUACUGAAAUCUGGUAUUUGGCAUGGAUUCUGCAAUGAAAAUUUCACUUCUUUUUAGCGAAACUAUUCUCACAAAUAGUAUUUUACUAUUUAAAGCACAAGACAUCAGCUUCCAAAUUCCAUGCAGAGUACUACUUAAUACAGAUAAAUACAACAAAUGCAUCAACUUGUGGCCUAUGUGCUCUCUGGGUCACAAGAUAGGGAGGUGGUUCAGUUACCCACCUUUCCUAAGCACAUCACAGGUACAUUUCAUACAUUUUUUUUUUAGUGAACUCUCCUCAGUUUGUAUUAGCUAGCCAAGAUGCAUGACAAUUACAGUUAAAACACAUCCACAGAUUUCUAUGAGUGAAUAUACCAAUAACUGGCAUUACUGUGUUGGGUUAGUUCAUGUCUAAAAUGGUCCUUCCAAUGUGUGGCUUCUGAAAGCCAAGUCUAAUUUUUAAAUGCAUUUUAAUAUCUUCAUCUUCCUUAGUUAAAUAUUUAAACUUAUGUUUAAAACAUUAAGCACAGCACAGUUUAUUGCCUGCCAGUGUGAUAUUGCUUUUUACAUUUAUGUCUGCCUGUAUAUGUCGCAUUUCCUGUUUUUUAAUAUACUUUAAAGCUUAUUUCUAAUAAAACAUUUUUGGUUUUACUGC